GUCAAUUUAAAGACACGCAGUUGGUACCUCCUAUUCACUUGUAGUCACAGGUACGGAUAGUGAUACGAAUACACAUAAGCUCGGUGGCCCAGUCCUCCGUGCACCGACCAUGAACUAAAUAUUGCCCGAUACCUGAACUGACGUCGCCUCCCCACGUAACGAUUGAGCAGCACUGUGAUAUCCCUACGAGCCAACUUCUCUUACCCCUCUUUCCACGCGAUUUAACAGAUACCCACGGUACCUGCUUCGCACACAUGUCGCUUUUCUCCUCCCUGCAUCAAUACGUCGGAACCUUUGCGGCGAUCGCAGCCGGUGCUAUCAUUGCCAAAGUCGUCGGCAACAUGCAGUCCGACUUGCAGAAUCCCGAACCUGAGCGGGUGCCCCAAGAGCCAGGCAACUAUAAGCCCACUCCCAUCGACGUUGUUGUUGUUAGGAUCAUGCUGGAGAAGGCAUCCACGUUACCGCCGGAAAUCAUGGAUAUCAUCAUCGACGAAGCCGAAUAUUGGGCGCACUCGGAGGCCAGCAUAUCUACCAAUCUUCGUGUCGUCGGCACUACACCCGAAGAGAACAAGCUUCUCUUGAGAUGCCCACCGAUCGGCUUCCGCGACUUCAAGAAAGUCGGCGCAGCGUUCAAGACCGCCCCUCUCCCACCCAAGUCGGGUGACGGGUCCCCCGUUACCGAGCCCCUCCGCAGUUUAACCCUGCUCGAACCCAUGUCAAGCCCCACCGAGAUGACCUCCGAGGCCCCAAGAGAAUACUUUACAGGAUCGAUGGAGCGACCGCCCAUGCUGACCAACCCCGUCCGCAAGAUCGUCUUCAAGAUUCGAAGCAGAGACCAGGGCUGGGGCGGUGGCGUCGCCGACAAAGAAACCUACCGCGGAUCCUGGUCGUGGUUUGAGGCGGGUCUGGAGAAGUUCGACAAGGAUCGGAAAUGCGACGGUUCUUGCAAGGCGUCUGCCCCGGCCCAGGAAUUACAAUCCGAGAACAUAUCUGACGGUGAAGAGCCGACCCUUUGCACGUGCGGCCUGCAGUCGAUAUACCCCCCCGUCGAACAGCUGCCCCAUGGGGAACUUGCCUACCACCAUCACAUGCAUCCGCUCGAGAACCUCAAGAUCCAAAACAACAAGACUGCGCAUAGACUAUUCCUGAACCACGAGGUCGUCUGGUCCUGGUCUGACGAUAUCCACCCCAAUUCACCCAAAGCCGACCAGCUGGUUGAGAUGGGUCGCGGUAGGGGCACUGGAACUGGCAAGUUCGUGCGCAGUCUGAAGCUGGGCGAUGUGAUCACGGUAUGGGGCAAGGCGCGGUUUGGUGGCUGGGCCAACCACAUUGAGAGUGUGAAGGUCGAGAUUUACUGGGCGGUGUGAGCCGUGGGUUUUGCUGUACUUGACUUUUCUUCCGCCGAGAAGAAUGCACAACACUCCCCUAAUGCACUGUAUGAAUGACGAUUAAACAACGAUGGAAAUGAUGCGUAAGUUGAAUGAGUUAAGAUCUGGUCUCCACAACCGUCCCAAUCCCGGCUUGUGGUAAACCUGUUGGGC